AGCCUCAUUGGUUUUGUUUCUAUUCAGCUCACACCUCCUAGUAAAGAUGAUAUCUACCCUGCGAUUGAGUACCCCAUGGGCCCCUGCUGUUCUUGGUCGUAUCGCCUCAACCUUCGGGGCUCAGCUACGUUCCUGCACCUCUGCUGCUGCCACGGUCACUAUGAAGCGUCCUCCUCCUCCACCACCACCGACCCCUAAGGUCCCUUCCCGUAACGAGACCGCUGGCCAGGACGACUGGUUCAGCAACGCGAGAUCAGAUUCGCGUAGCACGAGUAGAUUCGAUGGUGCUGAGAGUAGAUCCUCUGAUGCUUAUGAAUUCGACAGGCGUGACAGGGGACGUGGUGGAGCUUACUCUCGUGGAAAUGGUGUUAGUGACACCGAGGCAUUUGCUGGUAGUGGCCUACAGCCUAUAAACUGGCAGGGUGAGGCGUUGACGCCAUUCACUAAGAAUUUUUACAAGGAGCAUCCGAAUGUAGCAGCGUUCACUGAUGAGGACUGUGCUGCCUUCCUGGCCGAGGCCGACAUCACGGUCCAAGGAACGCCUCCUAUCCCCAAGCCAAUUAGAACUUUCGAGCAGGGCCAGUUCCCUGAGGUCCUGAUGAAGGAGUUCGAGAAAGCAGGCUAUACUGAGCCCACCAACAUCCAGAAGAUCGGCUGGCCGGUGGCCCUCUCUGGCAGGGACAUGGUUGGUGUAGCGCAGACUGGCAGCGGAAAGACGGUUGCCUUUAUGCUACCGGCUAUUAUACACGUGAACGCCCAAGCGCCGUUGAAGCAUGGUGAUGGUCCUGUAGUGCUCGUGCUGGUGCCAACGAGAGAGCNNNNAAGGAGGUCCAGUCUAUGGCGAGAGAUUUUCCGCGAGGAGCCGAUUCGACUUACUGUUGGCAACACUCAGCUGCAGGCUAACCCUGAUGUGAAACAGCGAGUCGAGGUGGUGUCAGAAAUGGACAAGAGGCAGAUGUUCUUCGACUGGCUCAAGGAGACAUACCCUAAGGGUAGUCGUAUCAUAGUCUUCACUGAGACCAAGAAGGGUGCGGAUGCAUUGACCAGAGAAAUGAGGUACAACAAUUUCAACGCGGCGUCAAUCCAUGGGGAUAAGGAGCAACGUGAAAGGGAUAGAAUACUCAACGACUUCAAAACUGGCCGCUGUAACGUAUUGGUCGCGACUGAUGUUGCCCAGCGUGGGUUGGACAUUAAGAACGUUGAAUGGGUGGUCAACUACGACAUGCCUAAGACCGUUGAAGACUAUGUCCAUCGAAUCGGUCGUACAGGAAGGGCCGGUGCUGUGGGUAACUCCCUAACCUUCAUAACGAACGACACGCACACCCCUGAUAGGGUUAGAAUGGCCAAGGAUAUCGUGAAGUGCAUGGAAGACGUGAAACAGACCCCCCCGCAGUCCCUCUAUGACAUGGCAGCUAUUAGCAUUGCCUCGGUCAGGGGUAGUGGCAAUGGGAGUUUCCGAGGCGGCUUUCGUGGUGGUCGGAGAUGA